AUGACUAUUUUAAACAAGAAAAAGGGAAACCCAAAAUUAAUUUCUGAUGAGUCUUACAAGAAGAUAGAUAGCCAUAUUCAAAAUGAAAGUGAAAUACAAGAGAAUUCCACUAUCGGAAGAAAAAUUACGAAUUUUUUACAACUUGUAUGUAAUGAAGUUAAGGAAAAUGUUUUUGUAUACAUAUUGAGCAUAAUAUAUUUGUGCGUAUGUGUAAUGAAUAAAAUAUUUGCAAAAAGAACGUUGAAGAAAAUGGGAAACUAUAGUUUUGUAACAUCCGAAACACACAAUUGUAUAUGCAUGGUUAUUUUCUUUAUAUUAUAUUUUAUCUUUGGUCGUCCUCUGUCAGCAAAGGAGAAACAUCGAAACUUUGGACUUCAGUUUUUACUGAUAUCUCUACUGGAUGCCUGUUCCGUUAUCAUUGCUUUCAUAGGAAUUACUAGAACCACGGGAAAUAUUCAGUCGUUUGUUAUGCAACUGAGUAUUCCGGUAAAUAUGUUCUUCUGCUUUUUGAUUUUAAGAUACAGAUAUCACUUAUUCAAUUAUGUAGGAGCACUUAUCAUAGUCAUAACUAUUGCAACUGUUGAAUACAUAUUGUCUUUUGAAACUCAAGAAGAAAAUUCCAUCGUUUUCAACCUCGUGUUAAUUGCAUCACUAAUUCCGCUAAGCUUUUCAAAUAUGACUAGGGAAAUAGUUUUCAAAAAGUACAAAAUAAAUAUUCUUCGACUGAACGCCGUUGUUUCCUUUUUUCAAAUAUUCACAUCUUGCCUUAUGCUUCCGAUGUAUACUCUCCCAUUUUUGAAGCAAAUUAAUUUACCAUUUUCCGAAAUUGGCACCAAUAUUCAAAAUGGAUUUAAAUGCUUAUUUCUAGGACAAAAUACUAUAGUAGAGAACUGUGGAUUGGGAAUGUCACGAAUGUGUGACGAUUGUGAAGGAGCAUGGAAAACGUUUAUCUUGUAUUCCUUUUUCAACAUUUGCGAUAAUUUAAUCACCAGUUUUAUAAUUGAUAAAUUUUCAACCAUGACAUAUACCAUCGUUAGUUGUAUACAAGGACCAGCAAUAACAAUAGCAUAUUACUUUAAAUUUAUUGCGGGUGACGCUGUUAUGAAGCCCCGAGUAUUAGACUUUGUAACUUUGUUUGGCUACCUGUUUGGAUCAAUAAUUUACCGUGUUGGAAACAUUAUAUUAGAAAAAAAAAAAAUGAUGGAAACUGGAAAUGAUGACGACUCCGAAGGAGAAUUGACCAAUGUCGAUCUAUAA